AUGACUACAUUUAAAAUGAAGCUCCAUUUGUGGCAUUCUAAAUUGGAAUGUGAGACUUUUGCACCACCAUUUCCAAACCCCAAUACUUUCCUUGAUGAAGAUGACCUUCGAAUUGAUGCUGACAUCCUCGACAUAAUUAAACAGCAUGUCUUAAUUCUUCACACUGAAAUUCUAAGAUACUUCCCCGACCUACAAAAUUUCGAAAAAGUUCAUAAUAUCAUCACCAGACCCUUUGCAAUCUCUGUUGUUGAUCUUCCGUCAGAAGAUUAUGUCAUUCAAGAACGAUUCAUCAACUUGCUCAAUGAUGGAGAUGCAAAACAUGCCUUCCUUAAUAUGUGUUGCAGUGAAUUCUGGAUUGAAAUGACGCAGUCCUAUCCAGAUGUCGCUAAAUGCGCCCUCAAAUUCGUCGUUCCAUUCGAAACUACGUACGAAUAUGAGAUGGCUUUUGCAAAUUUACUAUCAAUUCAAGCAAAGGCUCGCAGUAAAUUGGAUGAGGGUAGCAAUUAUUAA